UCGACCGCCGCGGCCGCCGUAGUGACCUUGGUACAGUGCGCGCACUGCGCUCACAUGUCGAAUCGUGGGCUCUGUCACUUAGCAACGUUUUAACUUUAAAAGUCUUAACUUUAAAAGUCUUUAUUUUGUGUAGGGGUGUUUUUAAAUUUAGUUUAAAUUCCACAUCGUCCCGCCUCGUCAUGGCCUCGGCAAUUCCUCGCAUCGUCACCAAACGGCUGCUCUCCACGGCCGCGUCUGCGGCGCCAUGCGUGGCCGCAGCCUCCGUGGCCACCGCGGGCCGCCGUGUGGCGCUCUUCGAGGCCGAGCGACGGCGGCAGCUGGAGCUGCUGAUACGCAUCGAGAAGGUGGAGCUGAAGCACAUGGGGCCCGGGCAGCGCGGGGCCACCCUCGUCAUGAACCGCGGCCUCUCCACUCCCUACAACUGCGCCCAGCAUCUGAGCGAGUGGUUCCAGACGCGCUCCGUGCUCGCGAGCAUCGACGGCGAGCUCUACGACAUGUACCGCCCGCUGGAGUGUGGCGGGCCCAUCACCUUCCUCACCUUCAAAGACGCGGACGCCACGCCCGUCAACGAGGCCUACUGGCGUUCCUGUGCCCUCAUGCUGGGCUCGGCCCUCAGCAGAUCCUUCAAGGAGGAGUUCCCCAUUGAGCUGAUCGGCUCCCCCGAGGUUCCAGUCAUAUCCGGAGCCUUCUGCUACGACGUUCUGCUCGAUGCCAAACUCGACGCCUGGGUCCCAUCGGAGGAUAAUCUUCGCUCCAUCACACGCGAGGUCCACCUGCUCCUCAAGGAGAACCUGCCCUUCGAGCGCCUCUCCGUUGACGCCAGCGUCGCCCUCGACAUGUUCAGCGACAGCAGGCCGAAGGUGGCUGCGAUCGAAGAGAAGGCCUCGAAGAACGCGGAGCGGAAAGUCACCCUCUACAAGCUCGGGGACUUUGUGGAAGUCAGUGACGGGCCGCACAUCCCGCGUACCGGCUUCUGCUUCCACUACGACGUCACUGCCGCCCACGCGCUCAGCCCCCCGGCGGCCGGGGCGGCACCGCAGCCGGACGCGGCGGCACCCGCGGGGAGCUUGCGGAGGUUCCAGGGAGUCUCCCUGCCCUGGCCACUCAAGACCCAUCACGUUAUCUGGAGCCGUCUCGUAGCAAGGUCUCGUAAACUGGUGACGGAGGGCAGGAAGGAAGCUGAAGAAGUCGCCGUCGCUUCCUCGCCAGCGGAGCCCUCGACUGUGGAGCCCUCGACUGCUGCCACGCCCACCACGAGCACCACGACCACGACUGCUGCUGCAUGAGAACCCGCAGCUCCGAGUCGACGGUUCACAUCUCCCUUAAAAACGAGUUCAUGACCCAAUAAAAAAAAAACACUUCAAUCUGCCCA